CGCCGGGGGCCGCAGCCCGACCGCGGGGCCAGGGGUGCUCCAGGCGGCUGCGCCCACGGAAGUUAGUGACUCCCGAACCCAAGUUUCUACCUGUGCGAACCGGGGCCGCGUUAUCACAGCCUGACCACAAAGGCAGCAGCUGCCCGCUCGAGCGGCUGCGCGUGGGUACCUAAAGAGCUGCCUGUGCGGUGGUAGUGAGUGCUCCCCGGCUUCAGAACGUCCGUUUAGUUCCGCGAUGGAGCCCCUUCAGUCAGGAACCGUGCUUACACGGUUCAGAAAGGUUCUUUGCUCCUGGCUUCAAGACGAGGCCACGCGUCGUCUGGACCGUAGACUGGAGUGGAAAUGGCCCUGUGCAUGGGGCAUCCUGAGUUCAACGUCCUGAAGUGCCUGGGCCCUCUUAAUGUCCUCUCACGCUUGGAAAUCACCCCGUUUUCUGGAGAUUUUUCAGUUUAAGUUUUGUUUUCACUGAUGAUGCUCUCGUGGAUUUAAAGAUUAUAGGGUUGCUUACAAACAUGAGUUUUCUUACAGAAAUCCAAAAUGUUCCAUUUUACUGGAAACUUUCCAUUUAUACAUCCCUAAGGCAUUUGUGAAACAUGAGACUUGCUUCGUUUACUGGGGCGUUUUGACAACUCCAAAAACUGUUUUGUUGUCCUAGCACAGAAUGUUCUGGUAGCCUUUUGUUUGCACUUCAAAGAUUAUAAGACUGAGAACAUUAAUUCAAGAGACAGGAGAUGUAGGAGAUCCGAUGAAAUCUCUUAAUUUGUAGGGGACAGGUUGAGGCUGCUUAAACUACGACCAGAAGAACUCAUUUGACACUUGGUUCAGUACUUAAUAACUCUGGAUUUUUUUUUUUCCAUGUAAAGGCCCACUUUUUAACAGCACUUUUAAACCACAGAUAUCCUAUCCAUUUCUGACACAUGCACAUCAUCUCCAUUAUCAACAUCCCCCACCGAGAAGGCCUACAUGAAUCCAAUAGCGAUGGCUCGAUCACGGGGUCCUAUCCAGUCUUCAGGGCCAACAAUCCAGGAUUAUCUGAACCGACCAAGGCCUACCUGGAAGUAAAGGAGCAGCUGGAAAAGAAAAAGAAGGGUUCCAAAGCUUUGGCUGAAUUUGAAGAGAAAAUGAAUGAGAAUUGGAAAAAAGAACUAGAAAAACACAGAGAGAAAUUAUUAAGUGGAAAUGAGAGCUCAUCCAAAAAACGACAGAGAAAGAAAAAAGAAAAGAAGAAAUCUGGUAGGUAUUCAUCUUCUUCCUCAUCGAGCUCUGAUUCUUCCAGCAGUUCUUCAGAUUCUGAAGAUGAGGAUAAAAAACAAACAAAAAAGAGGAAGAAAAAGAAGAGUCGUUGCCAUAAGUCUCCCGAGAGCUCAGUGUCGGACUCCGACUCGGACAGCAAGGAUGGUUCAAAAAAGAAGAAGAAGUCAAAGGAUGUGACUGAGAAAGAGAAGGACACUAAAGGACUCAGCAAAAAAAGAAAGCUGUAUGAAGACAGAGCGCUCUCCUCUGCGUCAUUGUCCGGGUCGGAUUGUGAAGAGGUGAGGCACGAAGGACUCUGUCAUCAUCGCUGUGUUUUCCCGUACCCUUCCAAUGCCGUAUUUGUAUCACUGUCCUUCUGGUUACGUGGAAGACGCUGUACAGAUAGAGUGUGCAAACUGAGGUCCAGUCUGGCUAAAGUAGGAAGAAGGGUCACACAUGCUGUUUGUUCAUUUGUGUCUUACAUGGACUGUCUGGGCACUGCCAAGGGAGCUGGUUUCUGGAGUCUGGCUUCGCUAGGCCUUUCUCCUUUGGCGUCCAUCUUGCCCAGCUGUCAGUCUGUCUGUCUGUCUACUCUGAUUCUCAACUCCCUGCUCCUUCUAUACCUUCCUUGUUUGGUUGUUCCUAUCUCCUUUUUUACUUCAUUGUUUUUGGUUUAUGAAAAUGACCCUCAGACCCAUCACACCAGCUGCCCCAUCUUAUAGCUGUAUGUUUUAUGCUCUUUGAAAUGAAACUCAUUGCUAAUAUAAGCUAGAUACACUAAUUUUUAUAUUACUGUCCCCUAAUAGAAGACAUGAAAGUAAGUAGCAGUGUGUAACCUGAUGAAGUUGUGUUUGAACAUAUAAGCACUCGAAUAUGAGACUGGAAGAUAAAAAGUCAGUUCAGGCUGGAGUUGGGACCUUCAGAAAUCUCUGCCUCCUGUCAUUUUCCAGAAUAGUGGACAGUAUUUAGACAAGCUUUCAGAGAGCUACCACCUAAUUGCAAGCAAACAUACCUACUGUUUAUGUCUGUUCCUUUAAUCCUUAGUCUUCUUAGAUUGUUGAUGACUUUUUUAUGUGUUGUCUCAUGUGUACAGUAUACAGUUAUCUAACAGGUAUACCAUACAACUCAAUAGUUAGGCAGUUUUUAUGGUCUAGUACUGUUAAUAGUUAACAUUUAGCCAGUAUAUAAAAAGGAAUGCUUAAUAAAAUAUCUUAUUUGUACUUAACAUUUAAUAUACACGGGUUUUAACAACUUUUGAUUUAAUUUGAAUUCAGUUCACCAUGCUUUAAAAGGUCAAAGGGAAAUACAGAUGAUACGAGCAUUGUUAUUUCCAAGGAUUUGAACCCGCUGCUCUAGAGAGUGCACUAUAUGUGUGACCACUUUGGCAGUGCAGAGUGCUAACAGUGAUUGAGCUGCAGCUGAGACUCAGGUGCUGGGCUGUGUUGUGCUAGUUAUGACACCUUCCCACAGUUGGCACUCCUCAGUUUUGGUGCUGAGAGACAAUGCAAGGGGAGCUCUUAGAAACACGUAAAGUCUUAGUUUACCAUUUUGUUAUUGAAACUAUUGAUAUAACAGGAGUCAUGAAAAUGUGAUUUUACAAUCAAAAUUUUCUACGUGUAACUCGAACAUGUAAGAUAAAUGCACUAAGUACAAAUUACGUUUGUCUUCUGUUCACACAAAUUUCACCUUCAUAGGUGCAAGCAAAAAGGAAGAAAAGCGGUGAAGAGCGCGAGAGAACAGCAAGUAUCUUUCAUUUUUACAGACAGCGGCAGACCCAGUGUUCUUAACUGUCACGUUAGUUCAGCUGGGACCAAGUGAAGUACUGGGGAUAGUGGUGUCCGUCACCUUUGUGACUUGAUGGGGAGAAGCAAGUAGGCUUAGGAGAGGGCAGCAAACAUCCCCUGACUUCAGUAUCUUACUGUUAGAAGCAGACGUUCAGAGCUGGCCAAAGUGGCGCACACCUGUAAUCCCAGCACUUGGGAGGCAGAGGCAGACGGAUCUCCGAGCUCAAGGCCAGCCUGGUCUACAGAAUGAGACCCUAUCAAGGAAAACAAAAAGAAAUACAACUUCAAGGGGCUGAUGAAAUGGCACAGUGGGUAAAGGUGCUUGCUGAUCUCUAGGACACCAGCUUAUCCUCUGACCUCCGUGUGCACCAUAACACACCUAUCCAUGCAAAAUAAAUAAAAAUAGAGUUAGAAAAUCAUAUGUAUAAUUUAUAUAUUUAAACACACGUAUGCUUCAACUUAUUUUUUAUUUGAUUUUUGCUUGUAUGAGUGUUUGCCUGAGUGUGUCUGUGGACCAUGGAGUUCAGAAAGGCACAGAACACCCUGUAACUGGAGUUUUUGCAUGGGUGCUGGCAGCUGAGUCCAGGUCCUCUGCAGGAGUAAGAAGUGCUCUUAACCAGGCCAGGCGGUGGUGGCACACUGCUUUAAUCCCAGCACUCAGGAGCCAAAGGCAGGCGGAUCUCUGAGUGUGACACCAGCCUGGUCUGCAUAGCAAGUUCCAGGACAGCCAGGGCUACACAGAGAACCCUUAUCUCGAAAAAAAAGGGAAAGAAAGAAAGUGCUCUUAACCACUGAGCCAUCUCUCCAGCUCUUACUUAACUUUCUUAAGCGAUAAUUAAAUACAGUGGUUUCCUCAGUCUUCUAAAAGAAAGUAUUUUCAGGUCAGCCAAACCUAGAAUAAUAGAAAAGGCUUCUCAAAACAUUAGCAGCAGUGAGAACUGCUGGUAACAUGCAUUAGCAGCAGUGAGAACUGGAAGUGGUAACAUGCAUGUUUGUUGGGUUUUGGUUUUUCCAGAGUUUCUCUGUGUAGUCCUGGCUGUCCUGGAACUCACUCUGCAGACCAGGCUGGCCUCUAACUCAGAGAUCUGCCUGCCUCUGCCUCCUGAGUGCUGAGAUUAAAGGUGUGUGCCACCCCCCCACCAUAUUCUUUUUAAAACCAGCUCUGCCAUUAUGCAAAUUGAGAAAUAGGAAAAGAGAAAGAAGAAAAUUUAAGAGAAUGGGAAUGUAUCCAAAUGAGAAGCAGGCCAAAAGAGGAAAAUAGCUGAUACCUUCAGAGAGUAGUACAGACCAUAUCUGGGAAGUAGUGUCAGGGUCUUCUGUAUAAGCGUGGGCCUUGGAAGGCACUCUCUUAAGGAGAGGUAAAAGAAAAAAAUGAGGAUAUCCCCAGUUGUAGGGUUAGGGUAAACUUUUCCUAGAACUUUGUGGCUCUUAAUACAAGGCCUUUCUCUGGAACUUGGGUUUACUUGGGUAUAAGUGAUUCCAAAAUCACUUUUAUGUGUUUUGUGACCACAGUGGCAAACAUUUUUUUCUGAGUGCGAAAAUAAUUUAGUUGACUGUUUUAGACUGUAGUUUAGAUUGAUUAAUUAGAAAAACCUGUGAUUAAGUCUAGUAUGUACUUGCGUACUGGUUUAUUCUUUGUACUGGUGUGUGUUUGUUACUCAGCAUCUACACUAGGCAUGGUCUAGUUCUUAGAGAUGCAGUUGAGUAUGAGAGAGGGGGAGACGUGUAUAUAUGGAGAAGAGUGAGCAGCUAAAGAAAGCCUCCCCAUGGCCUGAGGGUGUAAGUCAGUGGUAAUGUGCUUGCCUUACAUACACAAGGCCGAGGAGUCCAUCCCAGUACCACAAUACGUAAAUGUUCAAAUUGAAGAUUUUUGGCUUCUUUGUAAAAUUAUAUUCAAGUACAUGCUUUAAAAAGAAAAAAAGCUCUGGGGAGCCCAGAUGUGCCUUGGUGAUAGAGUGCUUGCUAUCUGUGCACAAAGCUGCUCCUCUGUCUUCAGCAGCAUCCCCAAGAAGGCAAGCUGCAAGGUUCUUCUGUAACAGUAGCAGAGGAGAGGGAGCUCUGCCUGCCUUGCCUGGGUACCACUUCUUCCUCCUGAAUAGCUAUACUAGUAGCCUGGAAUUUCUGCCUUUACUUCUGUAGCAGAAGCACUCAGAAGAGUUAGAGAUCAUCAAAACUCCAGCACCCUUUAUCCACUAAAAAUUUCACUCCUUUUCCAGGGCAGAGAUGUCCCUGUAAAAAUGGCAUUUGGUUGGAUGUGGUGGUUUGUGCCUGUAAUCCUAGCAUCAGGAGUUCAAGGUUCAAAGCCAGCCUAGGCUACAUGAAAUACUGUCUCAAAACAAAAAGAAGAAUAGUAAGCAUAUGUUUUAUUAAAUAAAAGAUACUUCUAAGGAUAUGUCAGUGUUAGUGGUUGGUAUUAGCAGCUAAAGUAGUGCUGCAGUCUGAACAGUACACAGUUUAUGUUCCAACUUAAAAAUAUUAGAUUACGUACUUGGACACACUAAAGCAGUUGUGGCUUGCUGUCUGUGAGUGUCCUGUGUUGGAACUGUAGUGCCUUUUCCUUUGGAAGUUGUGUAUAACAUGAGAUGUAGCGAUUGAUAGCAUGAUUCAGGUGAGUCUUCCAGAGAAGUUUCUAUUGGAAACUGCUAAUGUGCCUGUCUUUGAGACUCAGCAAGCACUCCUAGACUCCAUAGCUGUGGUUGUUGGGGCUUGUCUAGAACGUCCUAACUAGUUUGCUUGCUUCUCUGGUUGUUUAUGUAGCAGCUUGGGUGUAGAAGUGCUGAUGUUCCUCACUGGCGUGUUUUCAAUAGGCACAGUAGUGAUGCCUGCCGUGGAAUAUCUUUACAGGACAAAGCCAAGAAGAGAAGGAAGCAUAAGAAGCACAGCAAGAAGAAGAAAAAGAAGGCCGCGGGUUCAAGUUCAGAUUCAGCGUAGCCUCGGGAAGGAAGACCAGGGUCCCUUACAGAGUGCAAUGUCGAAGGAGCUCUCAACUGUGAAGAUUCUGACUAUGUAGUGACGUGCAUGAAUUCCCUUGUGUUUAGACUUUCCUGGACUAGUCAGUAGCCACUUGGAUACCGCUGUGUGAAGGGCCAUGAUUGUUGCCUGCUGCCUGAACACCUUUUCCUCUUCCAGUGCUUGGUGACUCUGGGGGACAGUGCUUUGCAGUCAUACUAGUGGUUAAGAUAUUUGGAAUAAAGCUAAUAUUUUUUACUAGAAGUACUUAAGGAUAAGUCAACAGAAACAGAAUCUGGGUCCAUCUUUAAGAUGUAACCAGAAAUAAUGAGAUGACUCUAGUAAAAAUUUUCAAAGUAGGGAUUACAUAAAUAUUUCACAAUCCUUACUCUGUAGAUAAGUAUUUUAGUUUUUCCCCACGUAUAUUUUGAUUUACUUGGGGAAGGAGCUUUUAAAGAGGGGGGUGGUUUGCUAUCUCUUUAGCUACCAGAACAGCGUGCCUUUGAUCUCACACUACUUUUGUGGACACAGUAGCCAUGCUUCCUGGGAGGUCAGAGCUGGGCGCCAUCAGUCCUGCCUUUGACUGAGGUUGAUGACAUCCAUAGACUUCUUCGUAUGCUGCUUUGAAUGCACCAGAGAUACCCAGCACUUUGCAGCAUGAGAAAGCCCCCAAAGCUCUGGAAUUUACCUCCACUUGAGUCAUAACUGAAUGUUUCUUAGGGUUAGAUGGUGUUAUGUCAUUUUAAUUCAUUUUACCUACACUUUGGAGAGGAAUUGUUUAGUAGACACUGGUACUUUCUGAACUGAUAGCUAACAAUUCUAAAGUGCAUGUUUUAUACAGGUUUUAACCAGUCAGAAGGUUUCUAUGUAGCCAGUGAUAGCUCCUUUAUGUUUUGUAUAGAUUUUGUUUAGGCUGCAGUGUUUAGCUUUUAACUCCAUACUCUUGCUGUCUUAAGUUCAUUACUAUGUUUAAUGGCACACUUACAAGAUAUUUAGCAUGUAAAAAGCAGGACUUUUGGUUUUAAUUUUUAACGGCUUCAUAUUGAAGCUGAGUCUUCCCCAAACAAGUUGAGUGGCAGGCCUGGUGUGCUGUAUCUUGUUACAUAAAGCUAUGCCAGAAUCUUAGUAAAUAGAAUGUUCUAAAAGUUUGUUGUCUUUGGAUAUUCAUAACAGAUUAUGACAUGUUAACUUACCUGAGAACUACAUUACUGCUCUUACUGUGUCAUGUUUUUCUGAGAUUUUUGUGCCUCAUAUCUCUGGGUUAUUAGGAAUGUUAAAAGGAAUUGAUAAGUCAUUUUCAUUUUACACUUUUAUAUAAUCAGGUAAUAUGAAAUAUAACGAUGUACAAUUUU